UUGGUACGCAAUUCGUAUUUUUUCGUAUGAAAUUAUUGAAAUAAAAAUUACAGGAAAAUGUUCUUGCAGUUCAAAAGGGUCUGGAACUCUGGCAAUUAUAUACCGAUAAUUCGAUUAAAGGGUUACGGUAAAAUUUAAUGCGGCAUUGGUUAAAACCCUUUACAAAAUUGCCGUGUUUUGACUUGGUUUCGUUUUACGCCUUUGUAGCCCUCGGCCGAUUGUGAGCUUACGACUGUUCCUUUGACUUCGAGCCCCUAACCUAAUUCCUUAAGAUUUGAUACCACUGGGCUUGUCGGAUCAUCCUUACAGCUUAUUUACUUCCUUGUGCUGACAUAUAUUGCGGCUACCAUAUCGUGUGGACUGUGGAGUUUGUCUGGAUUUUGACAUCUGGAAGCUUUUGCACGGUUUUCUGCACGCUCGAGGCUUAGUAGCUUCCACAGGACCAAAUAUUACGGAUCUCAACAUGGAUUCAGCGAGGCAGCGAAAAGAAGAGCUUCUGCGAAAGCGGGAGAAGGUGGAGGAAAUGCGCCGGAAUAAACAGAUUGGUGGCAACUAUCCUGCUCAGGCUGACCGUGCAGAACAACUUCCGGCGGCUGACGAUCCCGAUGAGAUUUUAAAGAAAGUCGGCAUUGAAAUGGCCGCAGCAUUCCCGCGCUCGUACGCAGCGGGAGAUGGACCAAGGAAUGCGGUCAAUGGAGAACUGUUGCCGCUGGGAGCGAAUCAGGGCGACGGUAUUGCUCCGAUUAAUCCGACACCAUUUACCCGACCAGUGACAGUGGAUAAAAGUGUGUCGACCGAUGUUGGCACAGAGGUUUCGAAUGGGGAAGCAAAACCCAGAGAAACUGUUUCGUACAGUAAGGAAACGCAGACCAGCGGUCUGGAACGGACGGAGCAUGCAAGUGGAAUACAUGAUUAUUACGUGCUGCAUUAUGACGAUGGCGGCCCAACGGAGGAGUUUACCACUGCUAUUUCCAAUGUCUACGAUAUAGAAUCCAUGAAACGUAGUCAGCAUUUUGGACCUACGAAGCCAGCCGUAGAACAGAUGCAGAGUGUAGAUGAAGAGCAUGAUCUGAAGCAAUCAUUGCCCGAGCUUACCGCGGAGCAGAAACAGGAGAUGAUGUUAUCCGAAGACUUCCGCCGAUUUUUUGAUAAAACCGCACGAAUAGUGGAGAGAUCGCUCGCUGAAGAUGAUCGCGGAAUCGAUAUUUUUAAGGAUUAUAAAGGAGAAGAUUUGGACACUUUGGAAGCUGACGACAGCGUUGGCCUGAAGGUGACAUUACAACGAGUUUUCAUCGACGAAAAGAACGUCAACGGCCGGGGCGUAUCGUGCAUGGACAUAUCUCCCCAUUUCCCCGAACUAGUCAUUGCGUCAUACCAUAAUCCUGAAGAAUAUUCAACAGAUCCUGGGGGUUUAGCGAACAUUUGGAACCUCCGCUUCAAAAAGUCAUCACCCGAAGAUGUUUUCCGUUGUCAUUCGACACUAACAGCGGUAUCCUUUGCUGAAUUUCAUCCCAACCUUAUACUGGGUGGAACCUAUUCAGGGCAGAUAGUUGUAUGGGACAAUCGUACCAGCAAGAGGACGCCCAUCAAUAAAAGCCAAGUGGCAGUUUCAACGCACUGCCAUCCCGUUUUCUUCGUGAAAGUAAUGGGAACGUCACAUGCCCACAAUUUGGUUACGGCUUCCACGGAUGGGCGCAUUUGUACUUGGAGUUUAGAUAUGUUAUCGCAGCCGCAAGAACUCCUGGAUUUGCAAGCCAAACAGGCCAAAGUCUCAACAACAUGUCUUUCAUUUCCGCCAGGGAAUCAUAACAAUUUUCUGGCCGGUGCCGAGGAAGGAGCGGUUUAUGCUGGUUGUCGGCAUGGCAGUAAAUCGGGAAUCGUAGAAUCGUAUGAGAACCAUUACGGACCGGUGACAUCUGCGUCGUUCCAUCCCAAACAGGAUUCACCAGACUUCGCCCAUUUAUUUUUGACUUCUUCCUAUGAUUGGACCGUCAAACUGUGGUCUCUAAAGGAUAAGAAACCGAUCUAUUCAUUUGAAGCAUCUAGUGACAAUGUGUAUGAUGCCAAAUGGUCACCCGCCAAUCCCGCUAUUUUUGCCACGAUCGAUGGCGGAGGCAGUCUUGAUUUCUGGAACCUAAAUCAAGAUACAGAAAUUCCAGUGCUGAGAAUACCAAUCGAAGGUGCAUCUUCGGCUAGCAGGCUUCAGUGGACUCCAAGCGGUCAGCAACUCCUUGUAGGAGACAACUCUGGACGUUUGCACGUGUUCGAUGUUAAAGAGACGCACGGCUAUCGAUCCGAGGAUUCUAAUCAUUUGAAACGUACGAUUCAAGAACUGAAACAAAGAUCGUUAGCCAGUGAUGAAGCCGAAGCGACCAAUGCCGCCAUUUCGAGCACCCAUUCUUUGUUAGAUAUGCUGGUCACCGCACGGUGACUGUAGCAAGUUAUCAUGUUGAUAGCAGUUGCGGUGUUGAUGUUUAAACUGAUACAGCUAAUUUUAUAUUUUGUUUUUUACUUCCUGGUCCCUGCUGAUCUUGUGCAAGUUCAAGUGCAAAAUUUUAAAGAUCUUAGCUUGCCCGUAUCUUUCAACCCAGUUCUGAAGCUUUUACCCCUGUUGUAAAACAUUGCUAUUAAUUUUUAUCAAUUUUUGUGGCCACACUUCAAGGUGAAUAAUACCAAUGUUGAUAUA